GGGAUUUACUUGCUUGAGUCUUCGCUUGCCCCUUCGGCUUGGGCUGCCCAGUUCGAGGUGACCCUUCCAGAAACCUUAUUAUAAUAUAUGGUGUGAGAUUCAGUUUAAAAAUACACGAGCGGCGAUUAUGUUUCUUCUGUCAUUACAAAAGUCUUCGGAUCUUGUUUGAGCUUGUAUUCGAGUGAAGCAGUUCUGAGUGUUUUGCACUGUUCCUCGAGCUCACGCCGCAACUAGCUCAAGACAAAAGUCCGUUGCCUCAUUCUCCCCCUGCACAUCCACUACAGGUGUAACUGAAUCGAGGUCAAGUCAUUUGAGCUUCUCACCGACUGCUUAAAACCUUGAGAGAAUGGCGUUGUUGCAACGGUGCCUGCCACAGUAUUCAUCACCGAUUCUCCUUACUUCCAAAUCCAUCGUCAAAAGCUCUCCUUCUCAAUGUCGACCUUCCUUGAACUGCCGGGCUAGUGCAGGCAGAAAUGAACAUCUUCGGGCGUCUCAUGAUGAAGAAUUCACAUCGAAACCUCCCAGAGUGUUCAAGGAUGAGUCUAAUGGAAUUGUGUGCUACGUUAACGAAGAUGGAGAGAUCACAUGCGAGGGCUGGGACGAGGGCCCCCACUUCAUUCCUGAGCCAGAGAAGGGCUACACCAUGAGAAAGAGGAUAACUGCACGUCCUCCCACAGCCAGAGGAGAAGGUGAAACAAUAGGCUUCAAGGCAUCAGGUGCAAAGAUGGAGGAGUCCAUUCGUGAAGGCACCGCGGAAGCCAGUUUCAACUCCUCCGAGCUUUAAACCCUGUUAAUCUGCUCCAGGUUGUACAAUCAUGUUUUGAUUUUUUGGGUAUUUUUUUUUGUUUUUUUCUGUAAGUUUCUACUGAAAACUCUCUCUCAGUCACAACUCACAUAGUCAGGAGUGACUCCUGGACGAAGUUCUUUGUCACCAACUUCCGUGAUCAGGCUGUCAUCCGGACUAAUUUAGAAUUCAGAAACUUCAGCAAUUGAGUGUUCAUUGGGGAAAGAACCCUCACAAGUCAAGUUUAGAAAAUACCAGGGCAAGGAAAAUAGGAAUAUCUUCAGCAACUUGGAUGUGUGAUGGUACAGAUGAGAGAACUUCAACCGGAUUCUACAUCAGGAUUCUGUGCAUCUCCAAAUUCCACGCAGCAUUUUAUCUGUGAGAUGGAAGCUGUGUUGUUCUUAAAUACGCAUACAAUACUGAGCCGGGCGAAGCACAAUAAGUCAGUGUUAUUCGGAUUGUUGUUCCAUUAAAAACUCUUGUUUAGCCCUUGCUGGUUAGUAAAUACAGAGGUCUUUACUCCAUGGAAUUUGUGUCGUGAAUGAUCAACUGCAAAACCGUUUUGUGGGCGAA